UUCCGGACCGGCCGCUCUUGGCGACGCGGACUCGGAGACGACUUCCUGUCGGGCUUUCUGGUAGCGCGCCGCUUCGCGGGGGCUUCUGCGGAGGCUGUGGGUUCAGACGGCCAUGGAGCACUCGGGGCCCAACGAAGUGACAGGCACAGACCCGGCGGGACCCGAUCCUCAACUGGCAGUCACCAUGGGCUUCACAGGUUUCGGAAAGAAAGCUCGUACAUUUGACUUGGAGGCCAUGUUUGAGCAAACUCGGAGGACAGCUGUGGAAAGGAGCCGGAAAACACUUGAAGCAAGAGAAAAAGAGGAAGAAAUGAACAGAGAGAAAGAACUAAGAAAACAACUUGAAGAUGAAGGUGUUGAACCAACACCAACGCCAUCGAGCUCGCGUGCAGUCAGAGAUCACCCGAAACCAUCAUCCAGGGACACAAGCAGCAGUGACAGUGAAGACAGUUCUGAUUCAUCUGAUGAUGAGUUAAUUGGCCCUCCUUUACCCCCUAAAACGGUAGGAGAACCAGUUAAUACUGUGGAUGAAGAUAUCCUUGGCCCUUUACCUCCACCUCUGUGUGAAGAAGGCGAGGAAGAUGAUGAUGAUGAAUUAGAGGAUGAAGGAGAAGAAGAAGGUCAUACAGCAAUGCUUCAUACUGGCUCAUGGCAUCCCAAAAUAAAAGGAGAAUUUAUGACUUGCUCAAAUGAUGCGUCCAUCCUAAAUUCCACUAUAAACAGGCUCACGCUCCCGGCACAGACACUUCUUGUGUAGCUUUCUCCUAUGAUGGUAAUGUCCUUGCCUCUCGUGGAGGUGAUGACACAUUAAAAUUAUGGGAUGUCCGACAAUUUAAUAAGCCAUUAUUUUCAGCCUCAGACCUUCCCACCUUGUUUCCAAUGACCGACUGCUGUUUCAGUCCUGAUGACAAACUCAUAGUCACUGGCACCUCUGUUCAAAGGGGAUGUGGCAAUGGCAAACUUGUCUUCUUUGAGCGCAGGACUUUCCAAAGGGUGUAUGAAAUCGACAUCACAGACGCGAGUGUCGUCCGCUGCCUGUGGCAUCCAAAGCUGAACCAGAUCAUGGUUGGAACCGGAAAUGGACUGGCAAAAGUAUAUUAUGACCCCAACAAGAGUCAGAGGGGAGCAAAAUUAUGUGUGGUUAAAACCCAGAGGAAGGCAAAACAAGCUGAGACACUAACCCAGGACUACAUCAUCACCCCUCAUGCCUUGCCCAUGUUCCGUGAGCCCCGCCAGCGAAGUACGAGGAAACAGCUGGAGAAGGACAGGCUGGACCCCUUGAAGUCACACAAACCAGAGCCUCCUGUAGCAGGCCCAGGUCGUGGUGGCCGAGUUGGAACCCACGGGGGGACCCUGUCAUCCUACAUUGUGAAAAACAUUGCUUUGGACAAGACAGAUGACAGUAAUCCCCGGGAAGCCAUUUUGCGUCAUGCCAAAGCAGCAGAAGAUAACCCAUAUUGGGUUUCACCAGCGUAUUCCAAAACUCAGCCCAAAACCAUGUUUGCUCAAGUGGAAUCUGAUGAUGAAGAAUCAAAGAAUGAACCAGAAUGGAAAAAACGUAAAAUUUGAAGAAUCUCAUUUAAGAAUUGUUUACGUGGAGCAAGAGGAUAGGGUGCAGUGUUCCCCCUCCUCUGUCUCUC